AAUUCCUGUAAUAAAAAUUACACAAAACAAUUACAGCCAUUAACGCAGAGAGCCUUCCAGUAUCUACUUCUAGGGUUAGGGUUUUGAUUUAAUUAAUUUCUCUGCAAUAGCAUCUAAACUUUGCAUAUUUGGAGAUUCUUAGUUUACAAUAUAUAAUAAGCUGCCUGCGUUUGUUAACCAUCACAAGAUUACAGAUUUUUUGCCAUCUGAUCUGAUCUCUUCUGGGCUUUAGCGCCCUGUGGCCUUUAAAAUCGAUGAUCAUCAGCGUCCCAUGGACCCCUCUCAAUCGCACAACACUUCCCCAGUCAAUGACGAAGAAGAUGAAUGGGACACUGAUGGAUUUGUGAUUCCAAGCUUGGGAAUAGAAGGGCCAGAUCACGGGAGACCUGAUGCUUCUGCAGUAGAACCAUCAAAACCUCCUUCUCCAAAGGCUAAAAAAGAAGAGAACAUUUACCUAGGACCUCACGGGGCUCCACCUUCGCAAUCAAAGCAGCAAGAGCUGAACCAUUCUGGUCGUAAACAGCGGUUCAAGCAGAAACUGAAGGAAGCAGAUAGGAGAAUUUCUGGAACAGGGAGGGAAAAUAAGUUAGAGAAUCUGCGAGAGCUAGUAGGUGGAGGGAGGGGAAGUCCCAAUAUGGCAAAGGGUUCUCCCAGGGACUGGUUAGACCCACAUUGCCAUGAAUCACAGUUUGAGAAGUGGUCCUCUCAGUGAGUGGAUUAGUUGGUACCUAAUAUUAUCUCUCUAGUUUAACAUUGGCACAAACUAUUUCAAGUUUCAAUAUCUUUAGAGAUGCAUAUUUUAUUGAAAUCCAUGUAUUAUGACAAUAAUCCUUCAUCAAUUGGACUAUUUGGUGAUGCUGCGAAAACAGAAUAUAUUAUGAUAAUGGACGUUAGCCCUUUAAACCUAUUCGCAGGGCAUUUGAA